AUGCACAGUGGAAAGAAGCCCCAUCAAUACCCGGAAUGUGGAAAGAACUUCCUUUGUAGAGCAGAGCAAAUUAGACAUCUAAGAACACAUUCAAGAGAGAAGCCAUAUAGCAGUUCACUCUGUGGCAAGAGGAUCUCAGAGAAUUCAGACUUUGAUCAUUCAGGAGAGAAAUUACUUAUCUCUUCAGAGUGCGGAAUGCUGCUUCCCGAUGGGAAAAAGGAGUGCGGGAAGAGAUUUAGUCGGAGUUGCCAUCUUAAACGACAUCAAAGGUAUCAUACAGGGGAGAAACCUUUUGAGUGCUCAGAGUGUGGAAAGAAAUUCAGUCAAAACAUCGGUCUCCAACAGCAUCUAAGAACCCACACAGGGGAGAAACCUUUUGAAUGUUCAGAGUGUGGAAAGAGAUUCCGUCAGGGUGGCGGUCUUCGUGAGCACCAAAAAGCCCACACAGGGGAGAAACCUUUUGAAUGUAUCGUAUGUGGAAAGAAAUUCUGCCGGAGUGGAGAGCUUCGGCGGCACCGGAGAAUCCACACCGGGGAGAAACCUUUUGAAUGCUUUGAGUGUGGAAAGAGCUUCAAGUUGAGUGACCAACUUCAACAGCAUGUAAGAAUCCACACAGGAGAAAGACCUUUUGAAUGCUUAGAGUGCGGAAAGAGAUUCAAUCAGAAUGGCCAUCUUCAGCUGCAUCUAAGAACCCACACAGGGGAGAAACCUUUUGUAUGCUCAGAGUGUGGAAAGAGAUUCAGUAUGAGUGGCAGUCUUCGAUCACAUCAAAGAAUCCACACAGGAGAAAAACCUUUUGAAUGCUCAGAGUGUGGAAAGAGAUACCGUACAAGCAGCAGUCUUCAAUCACACCAAAGAACCCACACAGGAGAAAAACCUUUUGAAUGCUCAGAGUGUGGAAAGAGAUUCACUACAAGUAGCAAUCUUCAAUCACACCGAAAAACCCACACAGGAGAGAAAACUUUUGAAUGUUCAGAGUGUGGAAAGAGAUUCAUUUGGAGUAGGAGUUUUCACAGACAUCUACGAAUCCAUGUAACGGUGUAG